CCUCAAAUCACUCAACCAAACCACCCAAGUCUCUAUCAACAAACUUUCAACCAUCAAAAUGAAGUUCUCUGCUGCUAUUCUCGCUGCUGCCGCCGCCACUGGCGCUACCGCCGAUGCUGUCUUAAACGUCCGCGACUUCGCCGCCAGCUGCACUCCCCACAGCGCCAUGUGCAGCUACUCUUUCAACGUCAUCCAGCCCGGCACCAUGGACACCAAGGGCUACGAAUGUACCGCCAAGCUCCCCGGUGCUGGUCCUGGUGAGCUUCCUGAGGUCAAGGUUGGCACCUGCCUUCCUUCUUCACGAACCUUUGACGUCGUCCGCAGCGACAAGGGCUUGACUCUCACCGUGUCCGUCCAGGUCUCGCCCAACAGCUUCACCAAGGGCUCGCACCUCAUCCCCACCAAGGACAUCAAGACUGUCAAGGGCGACACUCCCACCGGCGAUGCCCAGGCCUAUGUUGGCCCUAAGGACUUCCCUCUUGAGCGUGUCGAUUAAGUGUAUUCUCUUUAGAGAAUAGACGAUGAUCUUUUGGAGCUAGAACGACAUGACCAAGGUUGGGUUGGCUAUGAGAAAUGAGAUGAACAAUGUGGAUAUGAACAUGGAAUGAAUGAUAGACGGGAGAGGAUUCAAUAGUCGCUGACUAGGCUUAUAUUUGGUG